AUGGUGGUACGUCUUCGGGCUGAUUUUUUGUCUGAUUUUUCCAAAUGUUUUUUUUUCAAGAUGUGCAACUGUGGCAACAUGGAAUGGUCUGGUGGUAGUCUGAUUUGGGGGCUUUCAGCUAUGGAUGGUGGAAGAACAUGCUUUGGAUGGUGGAAGAAUAUGCCUUGGAUUGUGGAAGAAUAUGAUUUGGGGGCUUUCAACUGCUGUGUGGUGGAAUGGAAGAAUAUGCUACUGGCUGGUGGAAAGAAUAUGAUUUGGGGGCUUUCAGCUGCUGGGUGGUGGAAGAAUAUGCCGUUGAAUGGUGGAAGAACAUGCUUUUGGUGGUGGAAGCAGAUGCUCAUUUUGGAUGUAAGUUUGUCAUGA